AUGAAUGGGCAGAGAAAAGAUUGGUCAGAGAAGCUAGAUGAUGUACUUUGGGCAUAUCAAACAACAUACAAGACGUCUAUUGGGACAUCUCCAUAUCGCUUGGUGUAUGGUAAGGCGUGUCAUCUUCCUGUAGAGUUGGAACAACAAGCACAUUGGGUGGUGAAGAAGCUGAACUCUGAGAUGACUGUCGUGGGGGAAAGAAAGUUAUUGCAACUGAAUGAGCUUGAUGAGUUUAGACUCCACGCCUAUGAAAAUUCCAAGAUUUACAAGGAAAAGACCAAAAGAUGGCAUGACAAGAAAAUUCAAGUGGGGCGUAUGACACCUCAUGGAGCUGUGGAGUUAUGGAAUAAAGAGAAGACAGAGAAGUUCCUUAUUAAUGGACAGAGUGUAAAGCAUUAUUGGGCGGAUCAUCCGGAUAAGCACAAGGAAUCUAUCACUUUUGCUUAUGAAUGA